AACCCCGUGCCGUUUUCUGGAGUGAGGCGGGAACCUGGGGAAUUAUAACAAAGUUCGAAGUGCGGCCCUAGGCACGUAUUCAAGCGAGGCAAAGCACUCGCGUUUUCUUGUUUACAAGGGCUGUCUGUGUUAUCUUUCCCUUUCGUUGAGCUCCACCUCCAAGCUAGCCGCCGUCCCUGCCUGUCCGUCCAGGACGAUGGCCACACCCACGGGGGCGUGCCACCAUUGCCACCCCGUCAAACGGGCGUUACUUGGCGCCAGUUCCACUCUGCAUAGAAGGGGCGGUCCGCGGCAACGGGGCAGUACACAACGCAGGACUGGGCGAGCGCCGCCACAUUCCACGGCUGCUAGUACGAUGCUAGGGCGGCAGACGCAGACCAUGGCGCCGCCAACGUCCUGGGGGUCCAGGUCGACGAAACCCGCCUCUCGGCCCGCUCUCGUCGUGCUGGGGCCGGCUCGGCCGUGUCGGCUGGUACCGCGCCACUCUACAACAACUUCACUACAUGCCUCACAUGCACGCCCCUUCUUUGACGGCCUCCAGCCCGUGGCCUACGCAGCGGCCAUGUACGGCCUCGUCCCUAUCGGACUGCGGCCCGGUGAGUGUGCGGUGUGACCAACGUGGGCAUUCGAGUACUACUUACCUUGAGUGGCAGAAUAAACUAUGCCGAGGGCCAUGGUCUCCCAGUGGAUUUCCAACCCACCAUAGUGACGCUCGUGAAGCCAGCCCCUAGGCUGGCAGCUAGAACCCGUAACAAAGUCAGUCAAAAUCUCGACUUCCAAUUCUAAAAGUGACUUUAAUGGACAAUCUGUGGAAUAAAUGCAAAAGGAACGUCUCAAGAAGGUCGCUCUAUCGGAGAUAUUUUCUUGUAGUUCGAGUCUGCUUCGACCCCAGGAGGUCCACACUGCUCUACGCAGUGCUAGCGCAGGGUGUGGUCUUCUGGUACGUGGUGGAGGCCUGGCAGCGCAGGGUACCCGGCGUCAAGGAGCUGGCAGAGGACGAGACCAAGUUCGGAGACUGGGCGCACAAGUUCGUCGCGGCGCACUCCAUGGUGCACCUGACGGGCUGGCUCAUAGUGCCCACCAUGUGGAUUGAGGCACGCCGCAUCGCACGGCUAGACGGUCUGUGCAAAGACCUUAUGAGUGACUUCGGGCACGUGCUUGCGAAUACGGCCAGGCCACGGCGAGUCCUGGCGUGGAUAGCCGUCCCCGUGGUCUUGGUGCCGCUCUUCGAGACUGGUUGGAUGGCCUUCGUGGAGUAUAGCUUCGCGGGGGCAGCCGAUGCUCCCGUGCACGUCUACAUCAACGGCCUGCUCGUGUUCGGCGUCGCCAUACCCACGCUGUGCUGCUUGCGCGUGGCAAAGUUCGCCAACAAUCUAGCUCAGGCAUUACGCUGGGAACUUGUGCGGGGCCAGGUAACGCCGCAACGCGCUGUGGCAUACCGUGACGCCUGGAUGCGCCUCUCGAACCUCAACGGCCGCCUGGUCGCCACCCCGAUCAGCCUGUCCUUCGUCGUGGCCAUGAUCGUGUUCCUCGUCACCCUGCACCUGUACGAGAGCCUCGAGAAGCUCACGUCUAACCAGGCACAAUCCGGGAUAACGGAGGCCUGCCUCGGUUUGCCCUACUUGCUGCUACUCUUCUUGCUGUGCGACAUACCCCAUCGUUCAACUGAAGCGGUUCGACAGCGGUUUCUCGACGUCCUGCAGAUGCCGCACACACAUUUGGUUGACCCUUUGACUCAUGAGCAGCUCCAUCAGUUCCUCGAGAUAGUGUGGUGGAACACUUCAUCUACGGGGAUCGGUAACUACUUUGAGCUGAAAAGGGCGUCCUUCAACGCGAUCAUCGCAGUGGCGUUCACCUACUCCAUGGUAAUGCUGCAGUUCCACCUCAGCAUCAACUCGCCCUGCCGUCCAAUGGGGAACGUGACCAAUCCAGUCUGAGUCGCUGCUCCCCGCCGCGGCGAGAGACUCCACGACAAGACUCCACUCGUCAAGUCUUUUCUCUACAUUUUGUUCAAAUUUGUAUGCAUCAAAGCACCUUAGUACCUUGAAAGACUCCCAAAAGUGCUCUUGGAACGAAAAUUAGAGUGCCGCAGUGCCGAUAAGAGACUUUGGAAUCUCUUUAGGAGUCUCUCUGCGAGUCUCUACAGUCUCUCUACAAGUCUCUCUUUCCUCGAGUCUCUCUACGCCGCGCAGAGCCUGUUACGCGAGUCGAUGUCGCUUGGCCUCGGCAGCAAGAGAGAGCCCCGCAUACCGAACCCGCCGAGCCCUCUCCGCCAGCUGGCCCGAGUCUUGGCAACACUGCCGGCAGUACGGAGGGUCGCCGAACAAUACAAUGUUUAUGACAAUCACGAUGCUCCGAACAUGCCACAUAGUGGCUUCACUUUUGGAAAAAGCGUUCGACUCAGUACAGUAGCGAUCAAAUCGUAAAUGUUGGCGGAGACCGCAAGAGAGUCCGUUGUCUGCCACAUGUGUUUAUUUUUAGUCCUGGGAUCAAUAAAUGCCAGUGAGGUGGGGCAGAGGAGUGUGAGUAAUUCAGAGGAGUACCUGUCAGGCAAUCAAUUGCUGCACCGUCGAUCGGAGGGUGGGGCGUGGGAGGUGGUACACUGCAAGGGGUGCAUUGCAGCGCUGCAGUUGCUGCAGUGCAGCGCAGGAGGCGGCGAGAGCCGAGAGCGGCCGAAGUGGGCCGAAGGGAGCCGAAAAGAGAUCGGGGGCGGGGACUGGCGAGAGGCUGCGUCCAGAGCGACUCCGGGGCGAGC